AUGAGGUCACACGCGAGGGCAACUCACUGAGCAAAAACAAUCCGUUAAUCCUGCUUGGAAUGUGUCGUGCCAUUCGUGUGUUUGUUUUUGAUUUCACUUCCUUCAACUACACACACGCAAUGUUCCUUUUAUGGUUUCAACAGCCUGCUUCAGGUCCAACUGCUCGAGAAAAGAAAGAAAAAUACAACACCAUGCAUGUGCGUAUAAAACGUGGUCCCCAUUUUCGCACGAUCACUCACGAUCGUACAGACUGACCUCCCGCAGCCGCUUUGGGAACAAAAAGCGAACCUUCAAGGCAACAACGAGGAAAUAAGGAAGAAGAAAAAAAGGAUGCAUCUUGGCAGCUUUCGCACUGCCGUCCUAGGGCUGACCGGCCUGCUGCUGCUGCUGCUGCUGCUGACCGGCCGGCAGGUGGCUAGCAAUGGUGACUUUAGCUAUUUCUACGGCACCAUCGCCCCGUCCGACCGGCUUUGCGCGAAGAAGGUCGUCGGCAUCGGUACCAAGACGCCCGUACAGGUGGAUUACAGCAGCACGCGCCCGAUAACAGCUGUCAGUCUCGAUGCGUCGAACGUGGCGUACCAGGGCUUCAACGCGCUCAUCACCCGCGGUGCGAUCGGCCAGCAGGGCAUCACGUUCAGCCUGGCCGGGCCGUGGGUGCUGCCGUACUACAUCGAGCUGGACUACUACUGCCGGGCGCCGGACCAACCCUGACCGGCCUCAACCGGUGCUGCUGCAAAAAGGGUCAAAUGCAGCGCUGCCGACUAGCAGUGGCGGUGUGUUUCCAUUGCUGUGUGGAUUUUAUUUAUUCCCCCCGGCUUGUUUUUCCUCGCAGUUAAAACCGACACACAC